CUGGUAGGGGCCAGGUGGCCUCCCCGCCCUUACUCUUCCGUCACGGAUUCCCACCUAACGUUCCUCGCCGACCUACAAGUCUUCUUUCUCUCUCUCUCUCUCUCUAAAAACUCUACUCGUAUAUAUCUACGAUCAUACUUAAUUAUACGCAUUCGUUCCUUCUACGACAGAUUAGACGAUAUCCAUGGCGGUGCUUCGGUUCCUGUUCGCUCUUUCCUUCCUCCUAUCGACGUCGGCUUUGACUCAGGCCACCGACGUUCAUUACUGCGAUAAGAAAGGGGACUAUGAUGUUAAAGUAAGUGGAGUUGAGAUAUCUCCUUAUCCUAUAGUUAAAGGCAAGCCGGCCACCUUCAGUAUUUCUGCAUCUGCAGGUAAAGCAGUCUCCAGCGGAAAACUAGUGAUUGAUGUUUCUUACUUUGGAUUCCACAUCUACAGUGAGACUGAUGACAUCUGUGGAAAGACAUCUUGCCCCAUUUCUUCUGGUGAUUUUAUUAUUUCUCACUCCCAGGUUUUACCUGGGUUCACUCCACCGGGUACAUACACUCUUAAAAUGACGAUGUUGGAAGACGGAAGCAACGAUCAGUUGACAUGCAUAACCUUUGAUUUCAGCGUCGGGUUUUUCCCAUUUGAGGCUAUAGCUUAUAAUUAAGUGUUUCGGUGAAUGUUCAUUAGUCACUACAAAUGCCAUGGAGUCUAUCUUUAUGUACUGUUCGGACAUUGCAUCUGUUUCUGCACUACCGGCUUCAUGUGACGUUUUUAUGAUUUCGGGAUUCUAAUAAUGAUACUUGUAUAUUACUGUUUAUAAA